GGACACCAAGGUCGUGCAGCUUUCACUCGAGCUUUUUUCUGCAGUCGAUCGAUGCAAACGCCGACCAAGCGAAAACGCCGCACGCCGUCUGUGGCCCAGCGCGAGAAAAACCGCGAGCGGGCGCGUGUCUACUAUGAAAACCACCGACAAAAGGUGCUCGCCAAGCUCAAGCUCAAGUACGAGCAGAAGCGCAUCGUGAUCCAGGCCAAGCGACGCGAACGCUACUUCCAGCGCAAAAUGAGCCUCGCUUCCGGCUGCAAAGCACCAGCGCCAGAGCUCAAUCGGCUAUCGCUUCGAUUUAUUCUCAAUUAACUAUACCUCUUCAUUAUUCAAAAACAAUUUGUUUGAU